AUUGGACACUCCUUUUCCACGGGUAAGUAAUUUUUCGAAUACACAGUUUUAAUUAAAGUUUUUUGAGUUCUAGUGUGUCUCUUUCUUGCAUAGACUACUCCAGUUUUGCGUACAGGAAAGGUAACCACAUAAAAGCCCAUAAGAAUAUACUCAUAUAGCAUCAACAUUGGGAAGUGAGCAAGACUUGAAUAAUAGAUUUCUUCAUGAAAUUCUUACUUCCAGAUUUGGCGACUGUGUGAAAACAAGAAUCAGUUUAGUUCUUCAAACCCAAACGUCUUUAGUGUCCUUUUUUUUUUAUUCUUCUUCAUAAAUUCUCAUUUAUUAAGCCCCCCCCCCCCCCCCCCCCCCCAAAAAAAAAAAAGAAAAAAAAAAAGAAGCCAAAUCUUGGGAUUUAGUUUUUAUCCUUCUUGGUUCAUGUAUCUAUCUAUAGUCCCUUUAUGGUAAGGAACAACUCUACCUCCCCCUAUAUGGAUUUUCAUGAUCUCUGUUGAAAUAUUUUGCCUAAAUUGAACGUCCAUAAGCUGAAGUAACUAAAUUUGAAAAACUUUGCUUUUUAAGUUAGUUUCUUAAUGAAUCACCCUUGUCUACCUAUUCACCCUGCCAUAGCAAAUUAGGUAACAUAAAAAAGAUUUGAGUAGCAAAAGGAGAAAAAGAAGUGAAGAGAAUUUGGUGUUGUUGGGAUUAUGGGGACUUUAGAGCAGGGCAAAGACACUGCUAAUGGAGUAAUAAAUCAAAACAAGCCUUUAUCAUUAAAAAUACUUCAGUUUCUCCUUUUAUUUUUGGGUCUAGGAAUUGGUUUUUCUAUUUUAAGUAUGUGUAUGCUUAGAUUUGCAGAAGUGCAGAACGUACUUCCUAUAGUACAAUCAAGAAUACAACCAUGUUAUCAAGAAACAAAUAGUAUAGAGAAUUGGAUUAGACCUCCAUCAAACUUGCGUCAUUCCAUGAAUGACACUGAGCUUUUAUGGCGUGCUUCGUUUGUUCCUCAAAGGAAAAAUUGGCCUUUUAAGAGAACGCCUAAAAUCGCGUUCAUGUUCUUGGCUAGAGGACCUUUGCCUUUGGCGCCGUUGUGGGAGAGAUUCUUCAAGGGGAACGAACAGCUAUAUUCGAUCUAUAUUCAUAACUUGCCAUCAUAUAAAUCUGAUUUUCCAGCUUCAUCAGUAUUUCAUGGCAGGCAAAUUCCUAGUCAGGUGGCAGAGUGGGGAAAAAUAAGCGUGAUUGAUGCAGAAAGACGGCUUCUUGCUAAUGCAUUGCUUGAUAUCUCCAACGAAUGGUUUGUCCUCCUAUCUGAGGCGUGCAUUCCUCUCCACAACUUCAGCGUUGUCUACCGCUACAUAUCAGAAUCCAGGCACAGCUUUGUGGGUGUAUUUGAUGAUCCUCGACCUGUUGGUAGAGGGCGUUAUAAUAAAAAGAUGUUACCCGAGGUUAAAAUCAGUCAAUGGCGUAAAGGAUCCCAGUGGUUUGAAGUCAACAGGAAACUGGCUAUUGACAUUGUGAAAGAUGAGGUAUAUUACCCCAAAUUUAAACUGUUUUGCAAACCAGCAUGCUAUGCUGAUGAACACUAUUACCCAACAAUGCUGCACAUCCAAUCUCCUCAUCUCCUGGCAAAUAGGGGACUCACUUUGGUAGAUUGGUCUAGAGGUGGCGCUCAUCCUGCAACAUUUGGAAAGGCUGAUGUUACCGAUCAGUUACUCAAGAAACUCACGGAAGGCCACGGGACGUGUGUCUACAAUAACCAGACGACUUCACUUUGUGUCCUUUUUGCUAGAAAAUUUUCUCCUAGUGCAUUAGAUCCUUUAUUAAAACACUCGUCCAAGUAUCUGGGCUUCUGAAAUACCAUUUCUUUGUGGUCUGAUAUUCGAGAAGGAAAACAAGCUUUCUGCCACAUGAUUGCAGUUAUUGGACGCCUGAUGAUAUGAUUGGCAUUUCCGAUUGUAUACUAAAGAUAUAUGGAUAUUCUUGAAUAUGAUGAUACUGUACCAUAUUAUACUAGUAAUUAAUAUUUGAGUUGGAUUUCUACUUAUCAGAAAAAAUAUUUGAGUCGAA